CACACCUACAUCCACAGGCAUAUUCACACAGUAGCUCCAACGCAUAUAGAUACAUAUACACAGUCACACAUAUACAUAUGCUGCUGAGACAUACAACGGCUUUUGCACACACACACACACACACUCACACUCACACGCGCGCAUACACAAACACGUACACCCAAAGGCAUAUUUACACAGCAGUUCCUACAUAGACACAAUCACUUUAUAUACACACACUUAUAUAGAAUGUACAAGAGUCGCGGUGGUGUUGGUGGGGAGCGCCAUGUUGGUCCAGUUCGGGUGGAAUUAUUGCAUCCCAAGAAGGAGCUUGCAUCCCAAGGGCAACAUUAUUAGCUAAACAUGGCUAUUUAUAACUCUAAUUUGUUACCAAGAUGGUAGCACUUUGACGCAGGUGAGUUCCAACUGUACGGAGGGGACAUUUUUGCUCAGUUUGCGGCUCAAUACUCACUCUCAUCUAGUCAUGACAGAAAUUAAAGACAGUCAGUGGCCGAUACAUGAUGUGCAGAUCCUGGAGACCCCAAAUUUCACAGUGCCCAGCCAAAAUAAAAUGAACACCUCUGAUUCCUUCUCUAUGGAUAAUUUACAAAGCCUGGAUCCUCGGAAGCAAGAAUUACUAGAAGCUCGCUUCUUGGGGAGCAGGUUUCAGCCACUAAACCAACAUGGCCAGACACAAUCACAACCACAGGCUACACCGGUAACACAAAUACAACACAAUCCACAUGUAUCUCAUUUGGAUAACAACUCCAAUCUGAGUACGGGAUCUAUAGAACUCAAAGAUGAUGAUAUGCCACAGACGCCUGACAAAACGAAAACGCCUACAGAACGGAAGCGCAAACGAAAAAAUAAUGUAGAUAAUAAUUGUGAAGCAGGUGCAGUUUUAAAGGUGGUACGUCCAGAAGCCAAUGGGAAAAAAAUUAAUGAAUAUUUCAAGCAAAGUCAAUCCCCUGGUCGAAGUAGUGGUGUCAGUUCAACAGGAGCUAAAUCUCCCUCUCCACAAGCAAUGCAAUAUUAUGGUUUUGCCAGCGCAUCACCACAGAGUAGUCAGACACAAAGUCAUGGAAGUCUGACUAGCUCUGAUAGCAUCACAUUUCCAGGGCGAUCGGCACCAACGACGACGUGCACAUGUUCCAAAUCAGCACAGACGGAUCUAACCUUAGUCCAGCUACAUGCUAUCGAAUGCAAGUCAACGUCGGAUUUGGAACAGAAGGACAGCAGAAUAGAAGAACUUAUUAGGCAAAAUGAAGAAUUGAGACGACAGCUCAAUGCACAACAGAAACUACUGGAAAAACAUAAAGAAAACCUUCAAAAAUGUUUAGAAGUUAAUAAAUCUCUUUUAAUAGAAAAAAGUCUUUUAGAAAAGAAAACUACGCGACAGAAGUGCAUGGAAAACCGGUUACGGUUGGGGCAGUUUGUGACGCAGAGACAGGGAGCUUCAUUUGUUGAAAAUUGGGUAGAUGGUUGGGCUUUCACAGAUUUAAUAAAGCAACAAGAAAAAAUAGCUUCAGAAAGAGAAGACAUUGAAAAACAGAGAAAGCUCCUAGUAAAGAAAAAGCCUCCUAGUUCUUCAAUGUUAGCAAAAAAUUCCAAACAUGAAAACUUUCUGAAACCAGGUGAAAAAUGGUUGACGCUGGUGGAAUAUUAUGAACAAGAUGAAAUCCUCAAAUUACGACAGGCAGCAUUAAAGAAAGAAGAUGCAGAUUUACAGCUGGAAUUAGAGAAGUUGGAGAGGGAAAGAAAUUUGCAUAUACGAGAGCUGAAACGGAUACACAAUGAAGAUAAUUCUAGAUUUAAAGAUCAUCCCAUAUUGAAUGAAAGGUAUUUGCUGCUGUGUUUGUUAGGAAAAGGUGGUUUUAGUGAGGUACAUAAGGGGUUUGAUUUAAAAGAACAGAGAUAUGUUGCCUGUAAAAUUCAUCAGCUUAACAAAGACUGGAAAGAUGAUAAAAAAGCCAAUUAUAUCAAACAUGCUUUAAGAGAAUAUAAUAUACACAAAAGCCUUGACCACCCGCGGAUAGUACGGCUAUAUGAUGUGUUUGAAAUUGAUACAAAUUCCUUCUGUACUGUGUUAGAAUACUGUGAUGGCAACGACUUGGAUUUCUACCUCAAGCAGAACAAGUGCAUUCCUGAAAAGGAGGCACGCUCCAUUAUCUGUCAGACUGUCAGUGCUCUCAAAUACCUAAAUGAAAUUAAGCCACCUGUGAUACAUUAUGACCUUAAACCUGGUAACAUCCUGCUAGGGAGUGGGUCAGUGAGUGGAGAGAUUAAAAUUACAGACUUUGGUCUAAGCAAGAUCAUGGAUGAUGAAAAUUAUUCUGAUGCAGGCAUGGACCUAACGUCUCAAGGUGCUGGUACUUACUGGUAUUUGCCACCAGAAUGUUUUGUGGUUGGCAAGACUCCUCCGAAAAUUUCUUCCCGAGUGGAUGUUUGGUCUGUUGGUGUGAUAUUUUACCAGUGCCUAUAUGGUAAAAAGCCUUUUGGGCACAAUCUGUCUCAAGCUGCCAUUCUGGAAGAAAACACGAUAUUGAAAGCUACAGAUGUAGAAUUUCCUUCAAGACCGCCAGUUAGUAGUGAAGCAAAGUCGUUUAUAAGGAAAUGCUUACAAUACAGAAAAGAAGACAGACCUGAUGUGUUAACACUUUCCUUCGACGACUAUCUCAAACCCACAGCUUUAAAGUCAAAACAUUUUGGUGAAAGCAUUUGUGGCUCAUCUGGUGUUUCUUCCACUCCCUUGCCGGGGCCAUCACUCACCAUCAGUCAAACUCCCAACUUCACAUUUGGAGAUAAGCAUUCAUAGCCACUAUUAAUGUCACCGCUAUAACGUGGUUCAGUCAUCAGGAAGAGAAAUGGUCGGGGAGCUAGCGAUGAUGAGAGAGAGGGAGUGUGGGCAUUAAGAGGGAGAAAAAAAAAGAGAGAGAGAGAUAGGGUGGUUGUGUUGUUGUUGGUGGUAGUAGUUGGAGUAGGCAAAGGCACAUGUAUGUAUAUAUAUGUAUGUAUAUGCGGGAAGCGGUGGGGGGGAAGUGUGUGUGUAUGUGAGAUAGUGAGAGAGAGAGAAGAGAAAGAGAGAGGGUGAAAGGUGAGAUUGAAACGAAGAAUCGGAAGAAUCGGUGUGUAGAGAGAAAGGAAGGAAAGACAGACACAGAUGAAGAGAAAGAGAGAGGACAAUCUAAUGAGUGUUUGGUUGGGCGAAGAAAGACGAGAUAGAAUGGGGUGGAUGGGUAGGGUGUGGGGUUGGGGGUUUGAUAAAGAACACCAACACUCCUGCCCGCCUCUCAUCCGUCUCAGAAAGGAAAAGAAGAAGAAGGAAAUAUAAAAAAAAAAGACACAAGCAACAACAACAGCAUCGACAUUUACCACAACUACUACAACAACAACUACAACAGCAACUAUAAGAGAACUUCAACAAGGUGGAGGGAGCUGCUAUUUCUAUCAAGGAACCAAGCUGCUAACACUGACCACCACAAUCAUCAUCAUCAUCAUCAUCAUCAUCAUCAUCACCGUCACCACCACCACCAACACUGUGUCGCCACAAACACCUCCACCACUGUCCACUGCGCCAGAGUUUUGUUGGUCAUUUUCAUUCGGUUGUUUAAGAUGACGAUGACGACGACGAAGAAGAAGACUGGAAGAUCCCAUGAGUGGAUAUUUACAUCAUCUCUUGUGGCAAACUGAUCAUCUGUGACCACCACCACCAUUACCAUCAUCAUCAUCAUCAUUAUCACCACCAUCAUCACCAACACCCACACUAUCAUAACCACUACAACUACUACUACCACCACCACCACCACCAAAAGAUGUACAAGUAGAGAUUCUCUUCCUCUUCCUCCUCCUCCAGCUGAGCCUCCUACUACUACCACUGUCAGUCCUCCUCCUCUUCUUUCCCCCCUCUUCAUUCUUGCAAAUACAUGCCUAUUGUAGAUGGCGCUGCUUGCUGCUGUCACUUUCUGCUCUGGUCCGCCAUCACACCCCCUUCUCUCCCCUCCCAAUGACACAAGCCAUCCAACCUCACACACACACAAUAACACAUGCACACAUACACAUUAUAGUGUAUGUGUUUGUAUUUGUGUAUUUAUAAGUAAAGUGUGUGUGUAUACAUACACACACACAGAUAUAUAUAUAUGUAUGUAUAAAUGUAUAAACACACACACAUUCACUCAUUUACUCACACAUACACACUCGCUGAGUCACCACUUACACUCAGCAAUGCAUAAUCACACACUGAUGUCAAUUCACAUUAGCAAAUGCACACACACAUACAUACACACACACACACACAAACACAAAGGUGAGAGAAAGAGGGAAAAGAGAGAGAGAGAGAGGAAGGCAGACAUGGCUGAUCACUCCUUGCCAAGUUCACUAGCUCACCCUCCCCCCUGUUCCCUCCCCCUAUCCGAUAGUGACUCUUUAUUUGAGAAAAAGACAGAAAGAAAGUAAGAACGAAAGAAAGAAAAUAAGUAAGAAAGAAAGAGAAAAGAAUAAUAUAAACAAAUAAACACAUUGAAAAAAA